AUGGGAGGCGAUGGUGGCUCCGUCCCUACUCGGGCCGACAUGGUCAAGACAAAAGGGUACAAGUUCUUGAGGAACUUGGGAGGCAUGGGCUACGUUCCCAACACCCAGGUCCGCGAGGGCGACGAACGGUUCGGUCGGAAUGAGUCCAGAGACUUACAGCUGUCUACAUGCGCUCUCUCGCAGGAGCCUCUCCGUCCACCGAUAGUCACGUGCAGAUUGGGCAGGCUGUACAACAAAGAGGAGGUCCUGAAUAAACUUGUCGCAAAAGCGCUCCCGCCCCACAUGAAGCACAUCACUUCUUUGAAAGACGUCAAGCAGUGCAACACAGAAAUCAACGAGACAACGAAGUUCUUGGUGUGCCCCAUUUCCCGCGUCGACAUUCGUAGUGGCAUCAAGGCGUCUAUCAUCUGGCCUUGCGGCUGCAUCAUUUCGGCGAAGGCGCUUCAAGCCGCGGCUCUGGCACAGGCCUCGAAGGCUCAAGGGUCCUCCGCCUCGCCUGUCAACAAGGAGUUCCGCGUGAAUGCAAGCCAGACGGACCCGACCAGCGAUGUAACCUCAGACUCUCAUGCAGGUCAGAGACUUUGCUUGAACUGCGGGAAGCCGUAUGAUCCUACUGAAGACUUAAUUCCACUGCUGCCGACAGGCGACGAACUCGAGAAGGUGAAAGCUCGAGUUGAAAAGUAUACACAGGAGAAAGCGGCACAGAAGAGAGCUAAGAAGCAGCGUGGGACUGGUGGGACAAGUGCUCAAAGUGCUGAAGCGACAAGUGGCAGAGCGCCGUCGGCGGAUGUCGCGAAGACUAUUGUUCACCCAAUUGUCGUGGCCCCCUGCGCCACGAGUACGAAACUGCGUGCGGAUGCAUUCCGCGUCUCUGCCACUACGGCAGCGGAUGAGAAGACAAAAAAGAGGGGAAGAGACUGGGUGAUCAGUGGGAGUUCCAGUGUCGAUGAGUUGCUUGGCACCGUGAAAGUUCCUCGUAACGGAGAGGCGGCGUCAGGGCGUGCGCCCGGGGCAGCUCGGUAG